CUCAGUUCCAGCCGCGGCAUUCACGGCACCACAAGCGCGCCUCCAGCACCGCCAAGUAGCCAAAAUCCACAGCCCAAAUUACGAAAAUAUUACAGAAAACUAAACCCUGAAACUGCAGUUGGACGCUAACCCAACCAACCGUAACCAAGGGCUGGCCAAAUGCAAUGUGCUAAUUACUAUUAACAAAAAAAAAAAAAAUAAAUAAUUAGUAAUUAAAUAAGCAAAACGCGAGUAGCCGUCAACUGUUUUCAUUAACCGGGAAAAUUAACAAGUGGCUAGAAAAAUGGAAUUGAAAGGAGUUCAGCCAUCGAAUGGCAGCUCAAAUGGAAGUGGAAAUGGAGCCACCAAUGCUGCAUCAACGGAAAAAACAGAUGCCGAGAAGCCGACGGCGGAGCGCACCAAUUGGGGCAAUGGCCUGGAGUUUCUAAUGUCCUGCAUAUCGGUGUCCGUGGGAUUGGGCAACGUCUGGAGGUUCCCGUUCACGGCCUAUGAGAAUGGAGGAGGCGCCUUCCUUAUACCCUACAUCAUAGUGCUCUUUCUGAUCGGCAAACCCAUGUACUAUUUGGAGAUGAUCAUGGGCCAGUUCACGAGCCAGGGAACGGUGAAGAUUUGGUCGGUGGUGCCGGGAUUUGUGGGCGUGGGCUAUGGCCAGGCCUUCGGCACCAUCUGCAUCAUCUCGUACUAUUCCUCGCUGUUGGCGCUGACCCUCUACUAUCUCUUUGUGUCCUUCCAAUCGGAAUUGCCGUGGUCCUACUGUCGCGAUGAGUGGACCAAUUGCGUGAACUCGAGGCCGCAGGAGUAUGUGGACAAUCUGCUUACGGGCGUAUCCUUGGCCAAUGAAUCGGCCAGAAAUCUCAGCGGCAUUGUGGCCAACGAUGAGACAGAGAAACUCCAGAGCAGCUCCGAACUCUAUUUCCUGAAUGUAGUGAUCAAGGAGAAGCUGGACAUCUCGGACGGCGUUGGUGAUCCCGAUUGGAAGCUGACACUUGCCCUGUUCGUCGCCUGGGUGGUCAUCUUUCUGGUGAUCAUGCGAGGGGUGAAGAGUUCCGGCAAGGCGGCCUACUUCCUGGCCCUGUUCCCCUACGUGGUGCUCUUCGUCCUGCUGAUCCGUGCCGUUACCUUGGAGGGAGCACGCGAUGGCAUUCUGUUCUUUCUGGAGCCACAGUGGGGUGAACUCUUGAACCCCACCGUUUGGAAGGAGGCCGUUGUGCAGUGCUUCUUCUCGCUGGCCGUGGGCUCCGGACCCAUUAUCAUGUUCGCCUCGUACAAUCGAUUCGAUCACGGAAUCUAUAGGGAUGCCAUGAUCGUAACCACACUGGACACGCUGACCAGCCUCCUGGGAGGUAUAACGAUAUUUGCGAUCUUGGGCAAUCUGGCGCACAAUCUGCAGAUCGAAAACAUCAGAGAUGUGGUGCGAAGUGGCACGGGAUUGGCCUUCAUCUCGUAUCCGGAUGCCAUAUCAAAGUUCCAGGCGGUGCCGCAGCUUUUCUCGGUUCUGUUCUUCUUCAUGCUGUUCGUCCUGGGCAUUGGAUCAAUUGUGGCCCUGCAGAGCACCAUUGUCACCAUCAUUUGCGAUCAGUUCAAGGGAUGGAAGUACUGGAAGGUGGCACUGACCACCUCUGUGUGCGGUUUCCUUAUGGGUUUGGUCUACGUUACACCGGGCGGACAGUGGAUCCUCACUUUGGUGGACUUCUAUGGCGGAACCUAUGUGGUCUUCAUCUUGGCCAUUUUCGAACUGGCUGGCAUCGUGUGGGUUUAUGGUCUGCAAAACUUUUGCGAUGACAUCGAGUUUAUGUGCAAUCGCCGAGUUUCACUGUACUGGCGAGUAUGCUGGUCCUUCUUCACGCCCGUCAUGAUGAUCAUCAUAUUCAUAUACUCGAUGGUCACCAUCGAACCGAUCAAAUAUAGCGAACUGUACUUCCCCGAAGCCGCCAACAUUGCCGGCUGGCUGCUGUUCGCCAUCGGUGCUGCCCAGUUUCCACUGUGGGGUCUUUGGUACAUCUCGCGCCAUCCACAAGGCACCUACUGGAAGUCUCUGAAGGCCUCGCUGAAGCCCAGCGAUCGCUGGGGUCCUGCCAAUCCGGAAAUUCGGCGCGAAUGGGUGAUCUUCAAGAAUCAGAAGGCAGCCCAAAGAGCCACGCAGAAGGAUACGUCGAAACUUGGUUUCUUCUGGCGCAAAGUGGCCAAUUUCUGUGGCAGCAACAAGUAAACAAAGUCCGCGUGGAGCGGGGAGCAGAGGUGGGGAUAUCGUGGGGAUAUCAGAGAUUACGACUAACCAUAACCACUUGUUAUUUAUAUACGCCAUUGUCAGCCUCUAUGAAGCCAUCACAAAUGCGAAGCACAAUCCUUCGACCGAAUAUAUCGCAUGUAUCAAUAAAUAAAUAGCCGUUUUUUUUUUUUAAUUAUAUUUUUGUUAUUCUACGUACAAACUUCAUUUAUGAAUGUGAUAAUAUUGAGCAGAAAAAAAAAAUAAAUUAUUAUUAUC